GAUAAAGGAGCAGCAUAUACAUAUAUAUAAAAAAUAAAAAUUUGAUUUUUUAUAGAGAAAGAUCUGUUUCGAAUCGAAGAGCAAAAAGGUGAAAGAAAAAUCAUUUUGGGGAGAGAAGGAAGGAUGCAAGUUGUGGUGCUCAACACACAAUCCUUCUGCAGAGGCCUUGAACCUUCUUCAUCUUCUCCUUCAUUCACCUCCAAAAAGGGAACAAGGUUUCUGGGGGCCCAUGUUUGUUUCAGGAGAAGAGGUUACCUGCUCCGUCCUUCUCUUCGGAUUCAUUUACCCCUUUCUACACGUACCCUUGCUGUAAAUUGCGUUGCCACUCCAAACCCUGCUGUGGAAUUGCCUUUAACUGCUGAAAAUGUAGAAAGUGUAUUGGAUGAAAUUCGACCGUAUCUCAUUGCAGAUGGCGGAAAUGUCGCUUUGCAUGAAAUUGAUGGCAAUGUUGUAAGGUUGAAGCUACAGGGUGCAUGUGGCUCCUGUCCAAGUUCUGUUACAACAAUGAAAUUGGGCAUUGAGCGUCGAUUAAUGGAGAAGAUUCCUGAAAUAGUCGCAGUUGAACCAAUACCUGAUGAAGAAACUGGCCUUGAGCUAAAUGAAGAAAAUAUAGAGAAGGUUCUUGAGGAAAUAAGGCCAUACUUGGUUGGGGCUGCUGAUGGUACACUUGAAUUGGUGGGCAUUGAUGAGCCAAUAGUAAAGGUCCGAAUCACAGGUCCUGCUGCUAGUGUCAUGACUGUGCGUGUAGCGGUUACACAAAAGUUGCGAGAAAAAAUACCUGCCAUAGCAGCAGUUCAGCUUUUAUGAUAGUUUGAUCCGAAACAAAAAUAGAACUAUCAUGGCAUUCUUGUAAUUUUUCGUGUACAACACUAAUAGAAAUAAAGUGUUACAUGUGAUGUAUAGUAUAUGUAGCCACAGGAAUUUUUUUUGAAAUUCAAACAUUUGAAUGCAGUCAAUAUAUAGAACUAUCACGGAGGAAGAGAGCUUCUUCUAUUGCCGUCAAA